AUGUUCUAUGUCCAUUUGCUCAUCAACAAGCGGGGGCCGCUGGCCAAAAUCUGGCUGGCUGCCCACUGGGAGAAGAAGCUCACCAAGGCACAUAUCUUUGAGUGCAAUUUAGAGGCCACCAUACAAAAAAUCCUCUCCCCAAAGUUUGCUAUAGCUCUGCGAACCUCUGGACACUUACUCCUGGGGGUGGUGCGAAUUUACCACAGGAAAGCAAAGUACCUCUUGGCAGACUGCAGUGAAGCUCUGACCAAAAUGAAGACAGCCUUUCGCCCAGGGCUUCUUGACCUUCCAGUUGAGAACUUUGAGGCUGCUUAUCAGUCCAUUACAUUACCUGAAGAAUUUCAUGAUUUUGAAGCACCACUACCAGAUGUAAGGGCCAUUGAUGUUGCUGAACACUUUACCUUGAAUCAGAGCAAAGCUGAAGAAAUCACACUUACAGAGGAUUAUGAAAGCAGUAUACUUCUCUGUGAUAUAAACUUCGAUGAAGAAGCAGAUGCACUGAGAAGAAAGAGCUUCUUUGAGGGCAGUGUCCUGACAAGCAGUAACAAUCUGGUGGCCGAUCCCAACUCAGCCAGCACCAGUGGAGGCAAAUCUGUGCUUCACGAAGAUGUUUACUGCUUCCAGGAUGACCAUUUUGGGGAUGAGGAGGAUGCAGCAGAUAUGAUUGAAAUCCUGUUGAGGGAUGAGCAAAAUGUCCUAGAUAAAGACAUUCUUGAUGUGGAAGAAGCAUGUCCUUUGUCACAAGAUCUGCCAGAGAACAGCACAGCCAUUGAGUCCAACUGUGCAGACACCACUGUUAAGGAUGUAAAUGAUGCAAUGAGUGAGACAAUCCUUUUGUUCCAGGAAGAAGGAUUUGUGCUUGAGCCUGUUGAUGAUACAGCUGUCACCCAGAGGAAAAAAAAGCAAAGGAAGAGGAAGCUGCUGGUGGAUGCAGAGAAGGAACUCAGCUGCCACACCAUUUACAAGCAGCUCACCAACUGCACAGACCUCCUGGCCACGCUGGACCUUGCUCCCCCAACCAAGAAAAUGAUGAUGUGGAAAGAGUGGGGAGGUGUGGAUAAACUCCUGUUCCAUACUUCACAGCCUAUGGUUCAUGCUCAGCUGCAAAAGCUCUUCCUCUCAAAGACUCUGAACUUGGAGCUGCUGCCAGUAGAAGAGCCAAGUUACCUGCAGGAGCCAGCUCAUUCCGAGACUGAGAGAAAAAUUGGAAAUGAUUCCUUUAUGUUGACAUCACAAAAUGACAUAAAUGAAACCAAUGAGAACUGUGGUGAAAUUAUAGAGGAUGGAGCAGCUUUUUCUGAGAGCUCAAAAAAUUCCCUGGGCCAGGAAGCUGAAGCACAGCAGGUGGAGGUGCCAAAGGAACAAACAAGGACCAGGAAAGACAGUGAAGAAAUAAGAUGGGGCAAAAGAACUCUUCGGUUGCAAAAAUCUUUACAGCAGCUGAAGAGAUCGGGUGUGUGUUCCUUCAGUUUUCGGGAGCUCUGCCGGAGAAACAGCCGGAAAGAAGUUGCAGCCACGUUUUACAUCUUUCUGAUGCUGAAGAAGCAGCAGGUCCUUGAGCUGCAGCAGCAUGAGCCCUUUGCUGACCUCACAGCCACUGCUGGGCCCAUGUUUGACAAGAUCAGAUAA